AGGACUGGCUCGUCUCAAUCCUGUAAAGGUUCCUGAUCCUACCCCGCGAGUUGAGUCCUACCUCAGCAAUUUAUGGCGGCCAGGAGAAAGACAACCCUUAGCCCAAGCCAAGUAUGCUAUAGAGGCCAAGUUGGCCGACAGCGGAAUCUACACUCUGACGACCUUGCCCCGGCCACCCAAGAGAUCAAGUGUCGAGUCACCGCCGUCAUAUCCUUCUACCCUCGACGCGGAAGAUCUAAUGGUAGACACGCCUCAGAUUAACCCUAAGCGAGCUAAAAGGAGCGAGAAGAGCGAGAAGACGGACGAGACGAUCGACUGGCCAUGUCCAUAUCGGAAGCGGAACCCGCUUCGCUUCAACCUGAACGACCACCCGUCGUGUGCUCUGCAUCCCUUUCAGGAUAUCAAAACACAUAUCCGGGAUUUCCACCAGCUUGGAGAUAGACACCGCUGUCCACGGUGCAAAAAGGUCCUCCUGGACUCCCGGCAGUACGACGCGCACUUGCAGCUCCCAAUCGAGCAGAUGUGUGCCCUCUCAUCCGAGACUCCGCCACGCGACUUUGAAGACGGCAUCACCGUUGACCUGGAUACCCUGCUAGCCCGGGUUUCGAGCUACGAACCCUGGGCCACGCAGCUCCGGGGCGGUCGUUCUGCGGGCGUGGUUCAUCAGUGGGCAUUACUUUGGGCUGCGCUCUUUCCAGAGGACAUUCGCGUCCCGUCACUGCGUAGGUUCCUCUUCUUCAAGUCCACCAAAGCAAAAAAGCGUGCUCUUUCAUCUACUCUAGGAGCGACUUCCGACUUCCACAGUUAGAUCUACCACCAAAGCCAAACGGCAAAGCAAACCGUGGAAACCAAAACUAACUUAUCGCAUCACAGAAUUCGAGCCCGUGGUCGAGCACUUCGCC